AUGGUUUCGACGCCAAUUGCGCAGAGAGCCAUUACUGGAAUGGGCGCAUCACGUAGACACCACCACAGUUUGUUCAGGCCUCAAAGCGAAGCAUCGCUGAAACGGCUUCGGCGCGACUCCGAACAACAUGAACAGGUUACGAGCGAGGCGGACGGACUGAACGGCAUCUGCCAGUUUGCUGCUCGUGCCGCCACUGAUGCUGAUGCUGAUGCUGAUGCUGCGGUUGCCGCUGCUCCUGCCCUGCUCUGCUCCGGAAUGGCACAGUUACGUGGUAGUGAACGGCCAUUUGCCUCAAUACACAACCUAUUGAAGAUGCUCCUGUCACCUCACCAGUCCAACAAGUCGGCCCCCCAAGAUACCGACAUGGUGGAGGAUAUGGAUGAACCUCCUGAUCACCGUUUUCUGAAUACUUCAAUGAACAACAUGGACGAGGGUGUGGUCUACGUCAAGUCCCCCACCGCCAUGUCGGACCGCAAAGAAUCGCUCCUCACCCGGGCCCUGAAGAACAGCCCCCCUCUCAGCCCCACCGAAGCAUCCUCCCAUGAACACAGUUUCUACCGCUCCUACACAUACACCAACAUCAGCGGCAUCUCUACCGCCGAGCUGACCAGCGAUGGUGGCCUCACCAGCCCGUCAUUGUCCAACACCCCGAGCCCGCCGCUGCCUUCCCAUUUGACCUGCAAGCCCUCCUCGAUGGGUGACAAGAGGAAGGCGGAGGCCGUGGAAGGAGGUGAGAACGCUGUCGAGGCAAACCUGGGUCGCAAGCGAUGCAUUAGCUUUGCCUGCGGUCGUAAGACUGAAGAACCCCAACCUGAAACCCCUACCGCGCCGCGGUCGACUCAGAAGCCCAGCGAUACUAGCCCCACUCCUACGGAACCCAAGCGCAAGACGGUCCUUACGUUCGUCUGUCCGGCACCGGACCCAGAGUCGAAGAGAGAACGGUCUCCGACCCGCCCCAGUGCCUUCCGGUGCCGCCCGCGUGGAUCACCUGCCCCCCUUGCACGCAAGCCUUCCCCGAAGAAAGAGACUCCCGCCGAAAAAGUUGCAGACGAGAAGCCGGCAGCUGAGCGUCGAGGAGUUCCCACCAAGGGGUUGGGCAAGUUCGAGGAGUCUGAGGCCACCCGCUUCCACGAAUUCGCUAGCUCCGUGGGUGAGGACGAUGAAUGGGUCACCAAGUCGGGCGAGUACGGACAGAAGAUCACGCUGAAUGAUUGCAUGAAGAAGGAAUUCGCCAUCCGGAAGCUUGGAGAAGAAGCUGAGGCAGAGGCGCUGGACGAGGAGGCUCAGGAGGACGCCGACGAUUCCGAGGAUGACUCGACGGUUCACGACUUUUCCUCCGAUGACGAUGGGAAUGAGUCAGACAACGAAGCUGGCUUCGCCGACUCGGAUGACGAGAGUGAGAAUGGGUCCGACUACGAGUGGUGGGCUCCGACGAGUACCACUGCUGCUACCAGCCCUCAGGCUCCCAACUUCACUCGAUUCACAUUCAGUCGUCGCAACUCAAACAUCUCUGUCGACUCCGCCAACGACAGUCAGCAGCCCCAGAAUUGGUCUCCUGCCUUCUCUGGGAAGCCCGCUCGAGUGCCGAUGAAGAUCCCCAAGCUGCGUCCUGGCACCCCCAACCUCCCCGAUAGCACGGACUUUGUCUGCGGUACGUUCGACGAGGACCGUCCGCUGGAGGCCGCCUACAAGUCCUGCAUUGAGCAGCGUCGUCUGUCCAAGCAGAUUAUCAUCCCUCAAGAUAUCGACCCUAGUUUCCCCACCUCGGAUCCCGAAGACAACGAAGACAUGGACGAAGAGGAUGUGGCCGAGUCUGUUCCCGACGACGGCCCCAGAGGGCGUACCGGUCGGGACAGCAGCCGCAAAGCGUCUCCCCGCCAGUCUCCCAAGCGCAUGGUCUCUCCCCCUCCCCCCAAGCGUAUGGUCUCCCCGCCUCCACGUCGUCAUGGCCGUGCAUCUCCUCGCCGUCUUCGGUCGCCUCCGCCCAUGAAGCUGCGGACUUCUACGCGAGAGCUGGAGACGGUCGAGGAGAUUCCCGCCCAGGGUCUCAACAUCAGCGAACUGGUGCAGCGCCCCUCCAUGUCUCGCACCAAGUCCCUCCCUCGCACCCCUAACCCAUUCUUCACUAGCCUGGACAAGUCGCACCGGUGGUCGGGCAUUGUUCCAGUGCAGGAGUCGCCGGAGCGCGAACUAUCACGCACUCGUGAAGUGCAUACGAGAGGCCCGAUCGAUAUUGUCGAGGGUCUUGAAAAGAAGCGUCAGAAAAGGAAGGAGAAGUUCUGGCGCACCCACUGCCGCAAAGCUGCCAAGGAGCAGAUGGAACGGCGACCGAUCCCCGGCAAAGGUGCUGAACGGAUGAAGGAGCUUGGCCUCGAGGUUGCUGAGAGGUGCAGAGCUUACGGCGUUGGCGAAAGCGCCCAGCUCGUCCUAUCCGUUUAG